UCCGCUCUCCAGUAUUUACGGUAAUCGGCGUCAUGCUACCGGAAAGGCCAUUGUGUUGUCGCUUCUCGUGAGCUCGCCCGUCGAUCGUGUCGCGCUGUUCUCCAACGUUGUUCUCGGCCGCGGCAGCGUGAAACAUGUCUGCAAACAUGCCGCCGGGCAGCCUGAACCUGGAGUCGCAGCUCCUGUCCAUCAUGGACGUGCUGGUGAAGGCGGCGGUGGCGGAAAUCAGCCAGCUCUUCUCGGAGAGCUCGGCGUCUCUCCGCCUGCAUUUAACCCAGAGCCUGAAGGAAAACGAAGCCCUGAGGAUGAGGAUGAAGGUGAUGAGGAGCGAGCUCUUCUCCCUCCGGCUGCAGACCAGGACGAACCGACCGGCGAGCCGCUUCUCUCCGAUCAGAGGGAAUAUCCCCAAACCGCGGGCGAAAUCGCAAAUUGUCAUUAAGCCACCAGUGGCUCAAAAGGCUGCUGGGGAAGCCGUUUCUAUUUCUCUACAGUCAGAGAACAAGAUGUCGUCCUCCGUCCCUCAGGCGCAGUGCGCAGACGUGGAGAGUCCGGAUGUCAUCCUGAUCAAAGAUGAAGACGACAUUGGAGGAUGCGUGCCAGUUGUGGGUCAAGAUGACUUUGGAAGCCACAGUGCGCAGGGCGGUGUUGCCACAGGGACUCAGAAUUUACUGCCUGCUGGUUCCUCCUGCCUGACAGGAGAUAAUGAGGAGCUGAGAAUCGUGAGUGUUCACGGCCGAGGAGAAGGGCCUCUGCAGGAGGAGGGCGACACCCUCUUCACUGCUUCUGAACUUCAGGCUUUUAGCUCUCUGUCUCCAGAACACAGCAUCACCCAUGACAGUCUCCUCAGUUUCACCACUGGUGUCAAUGACAGAGCACCAGUGAGAGUGAUGCAGGAUAACAAUGUUGGACUGGGGAGUAACAGCCAGCUGGAAAGAAAUCAUUCCACUCAAAUGGCUUCAACGACAUUGAAUUCUGCAAUGAAAACAACAAUAGUAGGAGCUGAUGGUCAAGUGGGGCACCCCAGUCACAUCAGCCACUUCCCUCAGCAGCAGAACGUGUUCCCUCACGCGGUCAACAAAUCCCUGGACUGCAGCUUCUGCGGCGAGCGCUUCCUCAGCCGCGAAGACCUGAUUGUUCACCGGGCAAGUCACACCGGAGAGUCGCCCGUUCCGUGCUCCUUGUGCGGCAAGUCAUUCGUCAACAAGACCACGCUGAGCAUCCACAUGCGCAUUCACACCGGUGAGAAGCCGUACGCUUGCCCCCAGUGCGGGAAGCGCUUCACGCAGAACGGCAGCCUGAAGAUCCACCUGAGGACUCACUCCGGAGAGAAGCCGUACACCUGCAAUCAGUGCACUGCCAGCUUUAACAACCCCAGCAACCUGCGCAGACACAUGAUCACACACAACACCAACGGGGUGCUCUGAACAUAAAUGAUGAAACGACUUAGAGGGUUUUAACGUGGCGUUUUUACAUUUUUUUUUAGUAUGUUACUGACACUUGUGCCACAAUGUAUAUUUUGGGGAAAUGUGUUUGUCAUGGGUCAAAUGUACUUAAUAACCUACAGGUAAUCGGUGUAUAUCUGGACAACUUAGCACUAAAAUCAAUGGACUGUUGUGGCUCUAAAUAAGGACCCGAGCAUGCAUGAUCUCUGUUCAGUGAGAUGACACUUUUUGCAUUCUUUUUAAUUCUAGGAAAACCAGCAAUAGGAAAACAACCUUCAAAAAUAAAAUGCCUUUUUUGGUUUUCCUUCCUGGCCAGGGAGAAUGGAAGAGUGAAUUUUUAUACUGUUUGAAAAUCAGUCAAACUUUGACGCCUCACAUCAGCUCAAGUUCAUCAUUUAAGGUGACUGUAUCUUAAUGCUGCUUGAGUAACUUUUUUUUUUUUUUUUUUUACCGUGACUUUACCUACUCUGCAUUACACAGCUCUAGUGCAGCACUGGACUCCUACCUGAACGGCUGAGUGUGCAACGGAUACUAAAGUGAACAGAAACAUGGUGGACAGUGAGAUUGGAAAAAAAAAAGGAAACUUAGUACAGCUGUGGAUGAGCAAUAUGGAUACAUUUUCUAUCGCUGUAUGUGGUUUUAUAUUGUGAUAUUGAUAUAAUUGUGAUACAGUACAUUUUCGUUUUAAAACGCAAGAAAGCGAGUUCAUCUAUAAUGUUUAGAAACUGUUUUAAUGUUUAUAAAAAUAACCAAACAGGAAUUAGAGUUGGACUAAUUCAAUUUACUAAAUGAUUUACAAAUGAAGGUAUCACAUUGAUGCAACAGUCAUGUCAGUCCAAUUCUGGCUUAAAGCAGUUCUGCUCAUUGUUUUGCCCUCACUGGCCUUAUAUGUAUAUUAAAGAGAUCCCAAUCCAGUUAUGAUAUGGUUGAAAAAUUUCUAUUAUAUCACGGUAUGUACUAUCACAUCACCAAACCCCAUUUACAAUAGGCAAUGUUAUAGAGAGGUCCAAUGAAAAGUGUGACUGUGACUGUUUUAAAAGUUUGCAGAGCUACACGCAGUUCAGUAGUUUUUCCUUUCACAUAGCUGACACAAAUUCCCAGACAAACAGACUAAACUUCAGACUUGGACUUAUCAGUCUGAACAUUAUAACUAAUUAGAAUGCGUGGCUUGUUUUAUAUGAUCGCCAUACCUAGCAUAAGGAGAGAUUCAUUUCCCCCUCCUUCAUUUUAUGUGUAUGUGCAUAUGUUUCAUUUAAAAACAAACUACCUCCACUCUUGUCUCUGUUGUGGCUCUCUUUUUCCUCCCUUUAUACUUCC